CUUCAUCAGGGGUAGGGUUGUACAGUAUACCGGUACUAGUAUAGUAUCACGGCACUAAUGAAUCAAAAACGGUACCAUACGGUCUAUCUGUGUUGACCCUGCGAUGAGGUGGCGACUUGUCCAGGUUGUACCUCGUCUACCGCCCGAAUGCAGCUGAGUAAGGCUCCAGCACUCCUCCGCGACCCUGAAAGGGACAAGCGGUAGAAAAUGGAUGGGUUCCCAAUUUAUUUUAUUUUAUUUUGUAACGGGCAUGACGGCGCACCGUCACGUCAUGACUUUGAUGGGUUUACGAGCAGAUGAGCAUGUUCGGCAGUGCACAAUCACAGAGUACUUACAAGCAGACACAGUGUGUAGACAGAAAAGGGAGAAUGGGCGUGCUUUGGCUUAAAAACUAACGAUAAAGGUGAAGUUAUAAUACUGAAACGCCCGCAGGAAGAGGUGCUGUAAGACAUGGCUAGCUCGCUAGCAGCGAACAGCCAUCCGCAGUCGGCUGUGCUUUAGCUACUUCUAAAUCCCUAAUCUUCACCUCUAUGGCGACAAAUAAAGUAAGUUUCUUACAAGUAUCAUCCCUGCAGGACGAGGAAUAGCUAAACAUGCUUCACUACACACCGUAGGAGGAUACAAUAGCUCCCAAAAGCUAGUGCGCCUAAAUGUAAACAAAUGCCAUGGGUGGAUCUACACCUAACAUCCACUGUUAUGAUACCAAGUACAAUAGCGUAUCUAGUCGAUACUACUAUGAUUACAUCGAUGUUUUUUAUUGUCACAAAAUCUUUUUCCUUUUUUAAAAUGUCAUAUUAUGUUUAUAAACUCAGUAAAUAUGUCCCUGGACACAUUUGAAUAUGACCAAUGUAUGAUCCUGUAACUAAUUGGUAUCGGAUCGAUACCUACAUUUGUGGUAUCAUCCAAAACUAAUGUAAAGUAUCCAAACAACAGAAGAAUAAGUGAUUAUUACAUUUUAACAGAAGUGUAGAUAGAACAUGUUGAACCGGAAAAUAACCAGAUAUUAACAGUAAAUGAACAAGUGGAUCAAUAAUCAAUGUUUACAGCUUGUCCUUUAUCAUUUUGACAAAAUAAUAUCAUGAGAAAUGAUACAAUAUGUUACUGCAUACGUUGUAACAUACGUUGCCGUUUAUGCCAAUCAAGUAAAUGGUAAAUGGGUCGUACUUGUGUAGCGCUUUUCUACCUUUUUAAGGAACUCAAAGCUCUUUGACACUAUUUUCCACAUUCACCCAUUCACACACACAUUCACACACUGAUGGCGGGAGCUGCCAUGCACGGCGCUAACCAGGCCCAUCAGGAGCAAGGGUGAAGUGUCUUGCUCAAGGACACAACGGACGUGACUAGGAUGGUAGAAGGUGGGGAUUGAACCAGUAACCCUCAGAUUGCUGGCACAGCCACUCUACCAACUUCGCCACGCCGUCCCCAAGUGACAAAUGUCUUAGUGAAGAUGGAUGAUAGGAUGAUGCCUAUUUUUUUUAAUGAUGGCGAUCAACCAUACUCCCUCCCUGGUGUAGAACAAAUAUUUUUUUUAGAGACUGCUUCUUUUGUUGUCCAAAAAGGCCAAAGGACAAGCAAAACACAUCCACCAACAGCUGCUCAACUGGGAUUUAAAUACAUUUUCACUGUGAAAUUAAUGCGGGGAAAAAGUUUGCGUUUUUAUCUGUCAUCUUCCAUGUAGGCCUCCAGAACCCGGUGGACGCCAUGUACCACCUCCAACCUCUCAUGUUCCUCGGCCUCUUUCCUCUCUUCCUGGUUAACGAAGGAUUGAGCUUGAGCACGUCAGACAAGUUGUUCCGGGUGACGGAGUUGUCUCCUCUCUUGUAUUCUGUGCUCUCGUUGAGUAUGGGAGGAGUCCUGGCUUUCGGUUUGGGCUUUUCAGAGUUUCUCCUCGUCUCACGAACAUCCAGCCUCACCUUGUCCAUAUCGGGCAUCUUUAAGGAGGUCUGCACGCUGCUGCUGGCAGCAUGGCUGAUGGGAGACAAAAUGAGCGCGCUCAACUGGCUGGGCUUCGUCAUGUGUGUGUGUGGUAUCGCACUGCACGUGGGUCUAAAGACUUACUACUCCAAAAAUAAAGGCUCGUCCAUAAGGCAGCUGAGCAGUAAGAACACGGAGCUCCAGCUGCCCUUGCUGAGGCAGGAUGAAGACGAUGCCGACAAUGAGGAAGAGGAAAUGACUCUGCACUAGCACACGAGAUCAUCAUCAUCCUCGUAGAGAUCCAUCAUGGUCUGCUUGACAACAUCAAUGUUGUUCUCUUUUGUCUCAGGGGAGUUCAAAAUGAUUGAAAUUUAAUUGAAAUAGAAUACUUUUCUAUGUGAGGUGACUCUCUAGGAGAAUCAUGGACCUUACUAACUUGAUAACAAUCAGUUUGUUCCCUUAAACUUGAUUUAUCCACACAAAUUUAACCUCCACACAAAUAGAAAUAAUCUGUUCGAGGCUCAGACUGACCACCAAAGACUAUAAUACUUUGCGUCGUAUUAUCGUAAUGCGUUCCAACUCCACGUGAGCUCAUCCGUUUCCGUUAUUUUUUUCAUUUGUCGUUAUUUUCGACUCAAGCCAUUAUGUACCGAGCAGCCUGGGCAGACCAUAAUUCAUGUUGGAGCUGACUCGAUGCACGGAUUUUUGCGGCUAGCUAGUCAAUCAUGUGACCUCAGGGGUAUUGUACUUUACAGGUUUUACUGUACUUCAAUACUUUUUCUCGCUUUCAGUAGAUAUUUUUAGCUUUAAAAAUGACCUGAUUGUGCCUUACUUUCUGUACCUCGGCGUCUUCUACUGGACUUGUAAUUAAAACAUUUGCUGCAAUUUAUCAUACAAAAUAGAACAUGUUGUGUCAUUUUUACAGACAAUAAUUGUUCUUCAGCAUUAAUGGUGCCUUCACAGAUGUGUAAGUUACCCAUGCCUUGGGCACUAAUACACCCCCAUACCAUCACAGAU